AUGGCUUGCAAGUAUCUUUCGCAAAAAGUUGCUCAGGCAAUUGACCAAGAGCUCAUGUCCAGCUCUGGUGGUUUCUCCAUUGACCAACUCAUGGAAUUAGCUGGAUUAAGCGUAGCUCAAGCUGUUCAGAAAUCAUUUGACCAUAAGAAGACACCUAAUAUCCUUAUUUGCGUUGGUCCAGGAAAUAACGGAGGAGACGGCUUAGUAGCUGCACGACAUUUGCAUCAUUUUGGCUUUAAGCCUAGUUUAUACUACCCCAAGCAACCGGAGAAGGACCUGUAUCAGCGCUUACUGCUUCAAUGCAAAAAUUUGGACGUGCCAGUGUACAAGGAACUUGAACAGCAGACAGGAAAUAUUGUUGAGCAAUCGCAUAUCCUUUUAGAUGCGUUAUUUGGUUUCAGCUUCCAAGGAGAAGUACGUGAUCCUUACAAGGAAAUUGUCCAAAUCUUUGAAAGCACAUCAAAGCCUAUCGUUUCUGUAGAUAUUCCGUCUGGCUGGCACGUUGAAACAGGCCCCACGGAGCAUGUCAAAUUUCAACCGGAAUUAUUAGUGUCAUUAACCGCCCCUAAACUUUGCGUAAAACAUUUCAAAGGACAAAAGCACUUUUUAGGUGGUCGCUUUGUCCCUACCUCCAUUGCUAAGAAGUUCGAGUUUGAUGUUCCAGACUUUCCUGGAGCAGAUCAAGUAGUUGAAUUACCUAUAGCUUAA